UGCCAAUCAAAAACAACACCCCCGACAUUUCCGCUCAACAGUGUUAGUUGAGUCCCAACUCAAUUGGUGUGUUUUGGAGAGCGCGAGGGAGGUGGCGACAGUUGGUGGUCCCUUUUUUAAAAUAAAACGCGUCCGUGUUUUUAAAUUUAAAGCCACGAUCAACCUUGAACGAUUUUAGCCUAUUGGGAAAAAAAGUCAUCAUCGUCGUCGUCGUCGUUGUUGUUGUUGCGGGAGGCGUCUGUUGGCCCGUCUGUUGAUGGACGCACCGAGAACGGCGGCGAGUGAAGGCGACAGCGGCAGGUUGCGGGGUUUGACAACGUAUUAGCUCAGGCUCCGAGGAGGAGGGGGGGAACGACUAACAGCCACUCCCCGGGGAGUGGGGAGGCAGGGGAGGUGGCGGCAGCGCUGUUGAGCAGGCCUCGAGGGGGCUAGAGGACAGAGCUCCGGCCCUCGCCGCCAACACUAACUUCAUUCACCGUAUCAUCGACUUCACAUUUUAAAAAAAAGUAUAAUUUCACCCCCACGCUCUUCAAUCCCCCAUCCUUUUCCCUGACGGUUACUUUAAAUCCUGUAUUGGAUCGAAUUCACAAACACGCAGCUCAUCGCCCGCUGCCGCUAAUUUUUCUGCCGGUGUGAUCGCCAGUGUGUUUUCAAGAAGAUGUCGGCAGCGGCGGCAGUGGUGACAGCGGCGGAAAAAGUAGAUGGUUUCACCAGGAAAUCCGUGCGGAAAGCGGCCAGGCAGAAGAGGUCGCAGGGAUCGUCGCAGUUCAGGAGUCGGAGCAGCCCGGUCGAGAUCCUGCUUCUUCCACCCCUCAGAGAUGCUCCAAAUGCUGAACAGCAUGAUCUCUUCUGUCAAAAACUCCAGCAGUGCUGCGUGAUUUUUGAUUUCAUGGACUCUGUUUCAGACUUAAAGGGUAAAGAGGUCAAAAGAGCAACGCUGAAUGAAUUGGUGGAUUUCCUCACCUCAAAUAGAGGUGUACUUCUUGAACAAGCCUAUCCUGAAAUAGUGAGAAUGAUUACUUGUAAUAUUUUCAGAACCCUUCCUCCAAGCGACAAUCCAGAUUUUGAUCCAGAAGAGGAUGAGCCAUCUUUAGAGGCAGCAUGGCCUCACAUGCAGCUCGUGUAUGAAUUUUUUCUGCGAUUUCUGGAAUGCCCAGACUUCCAACCUAGUAUUGCAAAAAGAUUUAUUGACCAGAAAUUUGUACUUCAGCUUUUGGAGUUGUUUGAUAGUGAGGAUCCACGAGAACGGGAUUUUUUGAAAACAGUUCUGCAUCGUAUUUAUGGAAAGUUCCUUGGAUUGCGUGCAUUCAUCAGGAAACAGAUCAACAACAUUUUUCUACGGAUAUGUCUGCAUGAUUUCCUUGAAGUAGAGCCUGAGAGCAAACAUUCUGAAGCAGCCUUUAUCCUUCAGUUCAUCAUAAGGUUCAUAUAUGAAACUGACCACUUUAAUGGAGUUGCAGAACUGUUGGAGAUUCUAGGAAGUAUUAUUAAUGGAUUUGCACUGCCAUUGAAAGCAGAACAUAAACAAUUUCUUAUGAAGGUGCUCAUUCCCCUUCACACUGCUAAAGGCUUAGCUCUGUUUCAUGCACAGUUAGCUUAUUGUGUAGUACAGUUCUUGGAAAAAGAUGCCACUCUUACAGAACCGGUUAUUAGAGGAUUAUUAAAAUUUUGGCCAAAAACUGUCAGUCAAAAAGAGGUUAUGUAUUUGGGUGAAGUAGAAGAAAUUUUGGAUGUGAUAGAACCUUCUCAGUUCAAAAAGAUCCAAGAACCUUUGUUCAAGCAAAUAGCCAAGUGUGUAUCAAAUCCACACUUCCAGGUUGCAGAAAGAGCUCUGUAUUUCUGGAAUAAUGAGUACAUACUUAGCCUAAUAGAAGAUAAUUCUGAGAAAAUUCUACCAAUUAUGUUUGGUAGUUUAUACAGGAUUUCCAAGGAACACUGGAACCCAACCAUUGUAGCCCUGGUUUAUAACGUACUAAAAUCAUUAAUGGAAAUGAAUGGGUCACUGUUCGAUGAACUUACAGCAUCUUACAAAGCAGAAAGACAGCGCGAAAAGAAGAAAGAACAGGAGCGUGAAGAGCUUUGGAAGAAUCUUGAAGAGUUACAGCUCCAGAGAAACCAGGCACUUUCUGGCAGCUUGCAGAUCAAUACCAACAAUGUGGAAAAUGUUCAGAGCAAUAAAUCAAGUGCCAAAUAACCAAAAUCAGCAGUUGGUGUACAGUUACAGGCCAUGAGUGAUGGAGCAUUUCAUACAUGUUUUGGAAUAUGUGUGGGAAAAAUGCACACACAAGGAAAACCUUCAGCAGUAUACUUCCAAAAAAGACCAACUUUUUUGAUGAGCUGUAAAUUAUGUCAAAAGGAAAGAAUAUGAACUUUGAACAUUACUGUGUGACCACGAUAUUUGUAACUUUGUCUGAUCAUGAAUUUAUUACGUCACUUUUUAGAAUUCAGAGAAUAAAUGAAUUUAUCAUUUGUGACCAGAGUGAAAAUAAUUGAGUGGUGAAAUUAAGACUUGAAAAAAUUUUUUGAUUGUGCUGCACAUCGAAAAUUAGUCAGCUAUUUAAAUAUAGAUUUUUUUCCUAUUUUAUAUGUGCUUCUCACAAUGCUACAGACCUCAAGUAACUUGAAAGGGAGUGAGUUAUGCAUACACAGCAAGCAUUAGAAAUUCAAGGAUAAAAUAUUGUAUGUUUUUUUUCUCUUCAACUAGUCUUUCUGAUGCCUGUGCCAGAGAACCAUUCCAUUCUGUAAACCCAUGGCAGUGUGAAGCUCUUUUGUAAUAAAACAACUUAUUUGAGGUUUUGAGCAACAUUCAAUAAAGUCUACAUAAUAUUUGUAUUUGGAUCUCACCAUUAUUAGUUUUUAUAUUUUAGGAAAUGUUUUACAGUUUCUGAUGGAGCUAUAUAAAUCUGUCAUAAUUGCACGAAAGUGUAAAAGUUCAGAUAUCCAGCCCUAGAUUUUCAUUAUUUAAGAAAUAGGGUUACAUUGUGGAUCAUUACUGUCUAUGUAUUAAUAUGCACCAGGUGGAAUGAGAGAAACUGCCUGCGACUGCAGUGCUCCUGUAUGAAAUGAGAUUGGGCACUCUUGACCCACUUCCUAUUUGGCUACAAGCUGCAUGUUGCAGUUUUGAAGUAGUCAUUUUGGCAUCAAAACGUUAAAUCUGUUUCUCUCUCCGCAGAUGCUGCCAGACUGCUGAGGUUUCCCCAAUAUGUUUUUAUUUCACAUAAUUAGAGACACUUCUUCAGAUGUAGCUGUCUUGGGCAGCAUAGAACAGGCUGCGUUUCUGAAGUUGCAGUAUAGGUACUUUUUUUAGACUAAGCCACAGUUGGCUUUGCAUCUGUUUGCACUUUCCAUGGAUCUCUAAUGAGUACUAACAGAAUAUGUCCGGAGUAAAGUAUAUUAAAAAUUAAACAUGCAUCAUUCCUCGGGGGCAAAGAGUUGUCCAGUUUUGAUCCUAAACACUUAGGUGUAGUUAUAUGCCAAUAGAUUUUUGUUUAUUUUCCUUGCUUCACUGGGUGACAUUUUCUUUAUCCGUGCAGCUUUAGCUCAUCCCACAUGAGACGUAAAUUCUUUGUGAUGUAUUGAUAAGAUAAAAUCAGAGACUUAUUGUGGAGCCAUUACCUUAAGGACAGAAACCUUUAAAUGAUUUUCUCAUUUUUAUUUUCCUGAAGCAGAAAUCAGGGUUUUUAUUUUCAUUCAAACAUCACAAGGUAAAGUUGGAAAAGAAAUUUGGGGAAAUUUUAGAGAUAUAGAAGCUUCAGGCUUGGGACAGAGGAAGGAUGUGAACUGACUAUAGCUGCAUCUUGAAGUUGAUGUAAUGUUUUAAAAAUUGUGGGAUGUGGGUGUCGCUGGCUAGUCAGCAUUUAUUGCACACACUAGUUGCCCUUGAGAAGGUGCUGAUGAGCUGACUUGUUGAACUGCUGCAGUCUACUUUUUGUGGGUUCACCCACAAUGUGAUUCAUGAGAGUGUUCCAGGAUUUUGACCCAGCGACACUGAAGGAACAGCGAUGUAUUUUCGAGUCAGGAACGAUGAGGGGCUUGGAGGGUAACUUUAGGUGGAGGUGUUCCCAUAUAUUUGCUGCCCUUGUCUUUCUGGAUGGAAAUGCUCAUGGGUUUGGAAGAUGCUGUCUGAGGAUCUUUAGUGAGUUUCUGCAUUGCAUUUUGUAGAAAGUGUACGCUGUUGCUACUGAGCAUUACUGGUGGAGGGAGUGGAUGCUUGUGGAUGUAGUGUCAAUCAAAGUGGGCUGCUUUGUCCUGGAUGGUGUCAAGCUUCUUGAGUGUUAUUGGGGGUGUACUCAUCCAAGCAAGUGGAACGUAUUCCAUCACACUCCUGACUUGUGCCUUGUAGAUGGUGGAUGGGCUUUGAGGAGUCAGGAGGUGAGUUACUUGCUGCAAUAUUCCUAACCUCUGACCUCCUCUUGUAGCCACUGUGUUUAUGUGGUGAGUCCAGGUGAGUUUCUGCCCCAUGAUAACCACCAGGAUGUUGAUAGUGGGUAAUUGAGUGAUGAUGACACCGUUGAAUGCCAAGGGUUGGUGAUUAGAUUGUCUCUUAUUUGUGAUCGUCAUAGCCUGGCACUUGUAUGGCAUGAAUGUCACUUGCCACUUGUCAGUCCAAACCUAGAUGUUGUCCAAAUCUUGUUGCAUUUGAACAUAGACUGCUUCAGUAUCUAAGGAGUUGCAAAUGGUGCUGAACAUUGUGCAGUCAUUGGCGAACAUCUCCAUUAUUGACCUUGUGAUCGAGGGAAGGUCAUUGAUGAAGCAGCUAAAGCUGGUGGGCCAAGGACAGUACCCUGAGGAACUCCUGCAGAGAUAGCCUGGAGCUGAGAUGAUUGACCUCCAACAAGCACGACCGUCUUCCCAUGUGUCAGGUAUGACUCUAACCACCGGAGAGUUUGCCCCUUAUACCCAUUGUUACAGAUUUGCUCAGGCUUCUUGAUGUGACAGGGUUGAAUGCAGCCUUGAUGUCGAGCUGUCACUCUCACUUCACCUCUGGAAUUCAACUCUUUUGUCCAUGUUUGGACCAAGGCUGUAAUGAGGUAAAGAGCUGAGUGGCCCUAUAGAACCCAAAUUGGACAUCACUGAUCAGGUUACUGCUGAGCAGGAGCUGCUUGAUAGCACUGUUGAUGACAUCCUCCAUCACUUACGAUUGAGAGUAGACUGACAGGUGGUAAUUGGCCAGGUUGGAUUUGUCCUGCUUUUUUAUGUACAGGACAUACUUGGGCAAUUUUCUACAUUGUCGGAUAGAUACCAGUGUUGUAACUGUACUGGAACAGCUUGGCCAGGGGAAUGGCAAGUUCCAGAGCACAAGUCUUCAGUAAUAUUACUGGAAUAUUGUCAGGGCCCAAAGCCUUUGCAGUGUCCAGUGUCUCCAACCAUUUCUUGAUAUCACAUGGAGUGAAUUAAAUUGGCUGAAGACUGGUAUCUGUAAUGCUGGGAUCCACUGGAGGAGGCCUCAAAGGAUCAUCCCCUCAGCAGGUCUGCUGUAAAAGCUUCAGCUUUGCCUUUGGCACUGAUGUGCUGGGCUCUUCCAUCAUUGGGAUAUCGAUGGAGCCUGCACCUCCAGUCAGUUGUUUAACUGCCUACCACAAUUCAUGACUGGAUGUUGGAGGACUGCCAAGCUUAGACCUAAUCGUUAGUUGUGGGAUUGUUUAGUCUAUCUAUCACUUGCUUCUUAUGCUGUUUGGUCUGCAAGUAGUCCUGAUUGGUGAAUUCACCAGGUUGACAUGUUAUCUUCAGGUAUGCGUGGUGCUGCUCCUGACAUACCCUCCUGCGCUGUCCAUUGAACCAGGUUUGUUCGCCUGGCUUGAUGGUAAUGGUAGAGCGUGGGGUAUGUUGGGCCAUGAGGUUACAGAUUGAGCUGGAAUAUAAUUCUGCUGUUGAUGGUCCACAAUACCUCAUGGAUGCCCAGUCUUGAGUUACUAAACCUGUCUGAAGUCUAUCCCAUUUAGCAGUGGUAGUGCCACACAACACAAUGGAGGACCGUGCAGUGCUCACUCUUACCGAUACUGUCAUGGACAGAUAUUCACAAUGAAUUAUCAUACUUGUUUCAAAUCUAUUAAAAUAUGGAAUUCUAUUUGCAGUCAGAAGGCCAAGUUCACCAUUUUCAUCUGAUUCAUUGGUAAAUCGCUGAGCUCAAAUGGAUAUACUGCUUUCAAAUAUUUCCACCAAUGUAUAUUGAUAACUUCAAUAAAUUUUUGUAAUCAUACUGUGCUGGCAUCUGGAUGCAACAGUUAAUUACAUCCAUGCAGUUAUUUAUUUGAUACAUUUUAAAUAAUAAUUAUGAGGGAAAAGUGCCAAAUAUUUGCCAAUUUCCCUUAAUUUACCCAUCAAGUGAGAUGAAUAAAUGUGAACACACCAUUUAUAACUGUUCUUGUAUGCUUGUAGAAUGGUUCAUGGUAAAGACACUAAACAAGACCAAAACUAAUUGGAACAUGUACUUGACUUGAAGAAUCAUCGCAGUAUUUGGUCCCAGAUUUUCUGACUAAUGUUGCUUUUAGGUAGAUUAUUGCAAGUGUUAAAAUAAUGCUGGUCAGUAAAUCUAAUUUCCAAUGAGUUUAAUUAAACUUCACAAUGUAAUUAAUGUUACUGCCUUUCUGAGAUCUUUUAAAACACCUGUUUUCUGCUUUUCCCUUUAGUUUACAUGUUGUUUAAACCAUUGACUUGAUCUGUGGCUGGUGGACCUGUUUUAUCAAAGCUACCAAGGAACUUGAUUAUGUUUUAGUUUCACUUUUGAUGACUGAUCCAAGCUGCCAUUUCUCUUUGUAGAUGAGAAAGCAAACCUGUGGUUUUUCAGUGCUUUUUUUAAUUUUAGAUAUCCAUUUUGUUUCUUGGGUGCAGUUUUUUAAAUAAUUGUCAUUUUUCUAAUAAAAUUAGCCUUUAAAUCCUG